UGUUCAAUGUUCACAUGUUCCCAGCCAGCUAUCCAAUCUCACUGCCGUUGGAUUUACGAUGCAUCUCAUUGCGACCCUGCUCCACGCAGCGGUGUCCAAUUAAUUAAAACACACACGAAAGGCCGUAAUGUAAUUAUGUCCAAUUGAGAUUGGGCCGUGUGGCGUAGCAUGGCAUGGAGCAUGGAGGAUGGAGGAUGGUGGAGAAGACACCUCCAUUUCUGGGCUGCAAGUGCCACAAGGCCCCUCGCAUCGAUCAGUUGUGCGCGCAUCUGAUUCGGGUGCAGAACUAACGCGGGGUGAGCCAUGGAUUUCGAUGAAGUACUUAAGGAGGUAGGCGCAUUCGGUCUCUAUCAGAAGAUCAUCAUCUGCUCCGUGCUGCUGCCGGCUGCGUUGCCCUGCGCCUUUCACGCCUACAGUCAGCUGUUCAUUGCAGCCACGCCACAGCAUUGGUGUCGCAUACCAGAGCUUGAGCCAUGGACUCAGGAUUACAUACAGCUCGUGAAGAAUCUCAGCAUUCCGCGGAACAAACACGGUGACUUUGCGGAGUGCUCGAUGUUUUCUCGCAACUACAGUGAAAUGGUACGAUAUCUGGAGUACCGCACACCCUACGAGCUGCAGCGAGAGCAGUCUUCUAAGCUGUUAAGAUUGGAUCAAGACGCUGUGGUGUCCUGUCAGCAUGGCUGGCACUACGACAAAUCCAUGUAUCCCAGCACAGUUGUUCAGGAGUGGAAUUUAGUCUGCGAUAAAAGUUACUAUGUAACAUUGGCAUUGGUGCUCUUUGGACUGGGCGGCCUUAUUGGCAACUAUGUGUUUGGCUAUUUGGUAGACCUUUGGGGUCGACGUCCCUCCUUCUAUGCAUAUCUAUUGCUGGAGAUCAUUGCCUGUGCAGCCAGUGCCUUUGCCUGGAACUAUUACUCUUGGCUGGGUCUACGCUUUAUUGUGGGUCUCACUGUGCCCGCCAUUCUUGCCAGUCCAUACGUUCUAGCCAUUGAGCUGGUGGGUCCCGAACGUCGCGUUUUUUGCACCAUAGUAUCCAACAUUGCCUACUCGCUGGGUCUGGUACUGUUAGCGGGCGUCGUUUACUUGGUGCGCGACUGGCGCUAUCUAACCCUGGCUGUUUCCCUACCCCUCCUCAUGCUCUUCUCCUGCUUCUUUGUGUUGCCCGAGUCACCGCGCUGGCUGAUUGCUGUGGGACAACCGAAGCGAGCUGCCAGGAUUCUCAAGGUCAUGGCGCGUGUGAAUGGAGUCCACGUCACCCGCGAUUUUAUGGAACGUCUCUAUGAACGAUUGCACAUCAAGCAGCCGGCGGAGACAGUGCACUAUGGCAUCUUGGAUCUGUUUCGUGGGACCAACAUGCGCAGAAAGACGCUUAUUGUGACGCUGAUCUGGUUUGCCAAUACCAGUGUCUAUGUGGGACUCAGUUACUAUGCUCCGGCACUUGGCGGGGACGAGAUUUGGAACUUCUUUCUGGCUGGUGCUGUAGAGUUGCCCACUUACUUGUUGCUUUGGCCAGGGUUGAGCUAUUUCGGACGUCGUUGGAUUCUGUUUAUUUCCAUGUUGGUUGGUGGCGUGGCCUGUGUGGCGACUCUGCUGUAUCAGCAGCAGGCGGAUGUGAUGUUGCUUCUAUACUGCAUUGGAAAAAUGGGAAUUUCCUCGGCAUUUGUUGUAUUGCCGCUGCUUGCAUCUGAGUUAUAUCCGACCGUAGUGCGGGGUCUCGGCAUGAGCUUCAGUUCCGUGGUGGCCAUGACUGGGCCCAUAAUUAUACCCAUAAUUAACCAUAUGGGUCAACAAAUGCUGGUGCUGCCGCUGAUUGUGAUGGGAGCGUUGCUCAUUGUAGGUGGCUUCGCGAGUCUUUUUCUGCCUGAAACACGAGGCAAGAAUCUGCCUCAAACGUUAGAGGAAGGGGAGGCGGUUCCACUUAGCUUUCUGCUCUGUUGCUGUGUGGAGAGUGAGCCAAAAAAUCGUCAGACCAAAAACAAAGGUUUGGGAAGAAAUCGUAUGCCUGAAGAAGCCGCAAAAGUCUACCACAGAGUCGGUGUAGGGGGACCUGCAGCAUGCAAAAUUGUCUGCAGCAUUUGUAAAAAAGAAAUGAGAACUUUGUAAUAAAUAUUUACAAUGCUAUACUAACCACAUCUGCCUAGAAUGUUUUGAAAAAAGAAAGGGUUCAGCAUCUUAUGAUAGUUUCUCGCAGCCUAAAAAUAUACUACAAAAUAUUAUUAUAUACUUUUCAUCCCGAAAGUAUGUAAUAGAAAACAUUAAUUGGUCCGUUGUGUCUAAAUCGAGGAAG